AUGAAUCGGCCUGCAUCUUCCCAAGACCAGACAGUCCCAGUUGAUGAGCAACGGCCACCUGCCCCGCCCGGGGGACUGCCGGGCAGACAUUACCAGCCUAAGACGCUCCGAUUCUGGCUCAUCGUGCUCUGCAACUUUCUGGCACUCUUUCUCGUGGCGCUCGACCGCACUAUUGUCACAACCGCUAUCCCUCGCAUCACCGAUGACUUCAAGAGUCUUAGUGACAUUGGCUGGUACGGAUCGGCGUAUAUGCUCACCAGCGCGACGUCCCAACUGAUCUUUGGCCGGAUCUACAAAUCCUACAACAUGAAAUUGGUCUUCUUGACAACGGUGGUCAUUUUUGAAAUUGGAUCUGCAAUCUGUGGUGCUGCUCCCAGCUCCAAGGCUUUCAUUGCUGGACGCGCCAUUGCUGGAUUUGCCUCGGCAGGCAUUUUUUCUGGAUGCACGCUGGUUAUGAUCUCCAUGGUCCCAUUGCAUAAACGGCCCAUUUUUCAAGGAUUGUUUGGAGCCGUCUUUGGAAUCGCUUCGGUUAUGGGUCCCCUCGUUGGCGGAGGCCUUACUAGUGGUGUGACUUGGAGAUGGUGUUUCUAUAUUAACCUCCCCAUUGGAGCAGUGAGUUUGGCUUUCAUGGCCUUGGUGUGGAAUCCAGAGAUGUCCAAGUAUGAGCCUGCCUCCAUCGGAACGCACAUCAAGCGUCUCGAUCCCCUCGGCACGUUCUUCCUUGUGCCCUCCAUCGUGUCUUUACUGCUGGCUUUCCAGUGGGGCGGAUCUAAGUACGCCUGGAGCAAUUGUCGUAUCAUCGCCCUGUUCGUACUCUUUGGUGUUCUGAUAUUGGCCUUUGCUGCCGUCCAAAUUCUGCUCCCCGACACAGCGACAAUCCCAGCCCGAGUGAUCACUCGCCGGAGCAUCCUCUGUGCGGCUCUCUUCACCUUCUUCUCUGCAAGUGCGAUGAUGAUGACAAUCUACUAUGUUCCAAUAUGGUUUCAAACGGUCAAGCUGGUGAACCCUGUUAAAUCUGGCAUCCACACAUUGCCCCUCGUGCUCAGUUUAGUCGCUGCAAGCAUUAUCUCCGGCUUCACGACCCAGAAGAUUGGUUAUUAUGUUCCAGCCAUGUAUCUCUGCCCAUGUCUUCUGUCCGUGGGACUCGGGCUAAUGUCAACCUUCAACCUCGACACGGGCUCCUCACAUUGGAUCGGAUACCAGUUUCUGUGCGGCUUUGGCCUGGGUCUUGGAAUGCAGAACUCCGGCCUCGUCGUCCAAAGGAUCCUUCCCUUCUCCGAUGUGUCGAUCGGGAUCGCUCUCAUGUUCUUCCUCCAGCAACUAGGGGGCAGCAUCUUCACGACAGUCGGGCAGACAAUCCUGAAUAACAUCCUCGUGUCAAAGCUAAGCGAGAUUCCUGGAGUUGACUCGAGCAAGGUCCUCCAUGAAGGUGCUACACAUCUCGGUUCUGUUGUUCCAGCUAAAUACAUGGCCGUGGUUCAACAGGUAUACAAUCUGGCCUGCACGAGAAUCUUCCUUGCCGCCAUGGGGCUCGCUUUGGCGGCACUGCUUAGCUCUCUCGGCAUGGAGUGGAAGUGUAUCAAAAAGGGCAGGAAUGGCCAAGAGAGACUCGAUAGGCCGGACGACUCAAAUACCAUGCUAAUUGACGAAGCGAAACAGGAGGACCAUCGAGAUGAUAAGGGACUUGCAGAGCACUCCAAACACAACACUUCAAAUGUGCGCUGA